AUGACCUUGGGGUAUGGUCAGCUUAGUGCCUCGUUGAUAAAUAAACCCGUCAAUAGACCGAAGAAAGCUUGUCGAGAGUUACUUGAAUAUUAUUUGGAAAGGUGGAUGAAUACUUAA